UGGUGCGUUUACAUCUAACUAAUCCAAAUUAGAAACAAGCCCUCGCCAAUUCUCGUCGCCCAUUCAUAGCUUGAAUCUCUUUCGCCACCCCACCCACCGUCGCCCCAUCCACCGUAAUCUCUUCUGCCCUCCAGCGAGUGGCGGAAGCCACUCGAUUGCCGCGCCUGGCCGCCGAUUCCGGUGCCCCAAUCAGUUGUGUGGUUUGUGGUAUGACUUUACGAAAGGGCCUGUGAGAGAGUUCCUUCAAUUUUGAUUUAACUCUGGAGCUAAAUUUGGACUUGGCAAGUUUAUUGGAGUGCUGAUUUUCCCAUAGGUUCUUGAAUAGUUGGUGGUGUUUUGUCAAAUUGUGAGAGGAAUUUUAGAAGUGUUUAUCCAUCCACUUGGAAGAGAAUCGGCAAAAAAGAGAAUAAGAAAGAGAUAAGCUUCAACGCUGAGAAUCAUUAUUAUUAUGUUCUCCAAAAGCGUGAGGAGUGUGAAGAUUGGAUUUAAUACGAGGUUUUUGUGCGUAGUGAAAAGGUCAUUAUCAGUUUUAGGCAGAGAAAGUGUGCGAGAUUUGGCUUCCAAAGAUGGGGAGCUUAGGGUUUUCAUUGUUGCUGGGGAGGUUUCUGGCGACCUUAUCGCGUCGCGUUUCAUGAACUCUUUGAGAAAGCUUUCCCCUUAUCCUAUUCGUUUCACUGGUGUUGGAGGGUUGCUGAUGUCGCAGCAAGGGUUGAAUACCUUGUUUCCUAUGGAGGAUAUUGCUGUUAUGGGCAUUUGGGAGUUAUUGCCACAUCUUAGGAAGUUUAGGCUCAGGCUAAACGAGACGGUUGAAUCAGCGCUAACUUUUCAGCCACAUGUUGUGCUGACAGUUGACUCGAAGGGGUUUUCCUUCCGCUUUCUGAAGCAUUUGCGAGCUAGAUAUGGUCCACAAGGAUUAGCUAGUCCUCAACACUUUCACUAUGUAGCUCCAUCGUUCUGGGCGUGGAGAGGAGGUGAAUUGAGACUUAAAAGACUUAUGGGGUUUGUCGAUCAUUUGUUUUGUAUCCUUCCAUUUGAGGCAGAUAUCUGUAGAUCAAAUGGACUUGCUGCCACAUUUGUCGGCCAUCCAACACUAGAAGAUGUUUUGGAGCUAAAGAAUAACAAAUGCAUGGACAAUGAGUGGAAGGUUCAAGGUGAUGGAGAGGAAUUUAGAAAGAAAUACGGAGUAUCCUCAGGAUCAAAAAUAAUUUCUGUGCUGCCCGGAAGCCGAUUGCAAGAGGUAACCCGCAUGCUUCCAAUAUAUGCACGCACUGUGGAACUACUCAAAGAUUCCUUGUCAGGGCUGACAGUAGUGAUCCACGUAGCACCUAAUAAGCAUGUGGAAGAGUAUAUCAGUGAAACUGUUCGCGAGUGGCCUGUACCUGUUGUAUUGGUUCCAGGUGGAUCACUGUGCAUGAAAUACAAUGCAUACAGUGCAAGUCAAAUAGCACUAUGCACGUCUGGGACUGUCGCAGUGGAAAUGCAGCUUGCUCGUUUACCUUGUGCUGUUGCAUAUCGAGCACAUAUCCUGACCGAAUGGUUCAUACGAUACAAGGCUAAAGUACCUUACAUCUCACUUCCAAAUAUUGUCCUAGAUUCGCCUAUAAUUCCUGAAGCUCUUUUUGAAGCUUGCACUCCUUCACAAUUAGCACCGGUGCUCCUGGACUUGAUGCAUGAUGAGAGCCUUCGUCAAAACCAGAUUACUGCUGCCAAUAAGUUUCUGAGUUUGCUCAAUCCUCGCCAAACAGUGGGUGGCGACUCGAUGCAUCAUCCGUCUCUUGAGCACACACCAAGUGUCGUGGCUGCAUCAGUGGUAUUAAAUUCUUGAUGCACCAUUUAGUUUAGAGAUUGUAUUUUAUUAACACGGCUAUUUUUUGAAUAACUAUUCCUUAUUGAGUUUCUCACAUUAUGGCCUUGUUUUGUUUAUUAUGAAAUUUCUAGGGAAAAUAUUCACUUUGACUCAA